AUGUACAAGCUUGUUUUUUGUUUCUUUUCAGCAUUCAGCAUGGCUUCUCCAGCUCUACUCAUGCGUGUGGUCGCCUCUGCAUAUUGUGUUGCGGAAAAAGCUGCAACAAUUGUCAGAAAUGUAAUGGCUGCAGGAGAUCUGGGGAUAGUGGAGAAGACUGGAGCCAAUGACUUGCAGACCAAAGCUGACCGACUGGCACAAAUGAGCAUUUGUGCUUCCCUGGCACGGAAGUUUCCCAAGGUGACAAUCAUAGGAGAAGAAGAACUGUCCACUGAUGAGGUAACUGAGGAAUUAAUUGAAGAUGGUCACUGUGAAGAAAUAUUGAAGAGUACUUGUCCUUCUCAGUACAUAGGAAUUAAAGAGGAAGAGCUUGUGAUAUGGGUUGAUCCUUUGGAUGGAACCAAGGAGUAUACUGAAGGUCUCCUUGACCAUGUAACGGUUCUUAUUGGAAUUGCUUAUGGAGGCAAAGCAAUAGCAGGAGUUAUUAACCAGCCAUAUUACAACUAUCAGGCAGGAGCUGAUGCUGUGUUGGGCAGGACAAUCUGGGGAGUCCUGGGCAUAGGUGCCUUUGGAUUUCACCUCACAGAAGCACCUGCUGGGAAACACAUUGUCAUUACCACCCGUUCUCACAGCAGUACCCUGGUAAAUGACUGCAUCAGUGCCUUGAACCCAGACAGUGUCAUCAGAGUUGGAGGAGCAGGAAACAAGAUCAUUCAACUUAUAGAAGGCAAGGCAUCUGCUUAUGUAUUUGCCAGUCCUGGAUGCAAGAAAUGGGAUACAUGUGCACCUGAAGCUAUUCUGCAUGCUGUGGGAGGCAAGAUAACUGAUAUCCAUGGAAAUUCAUUUCAGUAUAACAAGGAAGUAAAACACAUGAAUUCAGCUGGGGUCCUUGCCACUUUGAGAAAUUAUGACUAUUAUGCCAGUCGUAUUCCUCACACCGUCAAACAAUCGCUUGUGCCUUAAAGCAGUGAAGCACCUUCACUUGGCCUGGAAGGCUGAGAAAGUGAGCUUGGAGAAAAAAAAAAAGACAGAGGAUAACUGAGUGUGAAAUUUUGUUUUAUAAAAUCUGAACUGAAUUCUUACAUUAAGGUGUUCAAUAAUUUCAAAAUUACAUACAGAAUCUCUAGGUAUAUGCUGGAUCAGAUUGUUUUGCUGUGUUUAGCAGACAACAUCAAAACAGUCAUAUUUCUUCAGCAGUGGUUUUCCAUAUUCUUUGGGAGUAUUCAUUCCUCAUAAGUGUGCUUAAAAUACCUCUAAUCAUAACACUGAAGUCCAAAAAUCAUCUUAUUCAGGGCACAAAAUCAUGUUAAGUCAUUUACUUGAUCUUGCUCAAUGUGUUUUUGCUGUAUGUACUCAACGAGGGUUUAUUGUGUGAAAUACAAAUGGACUAAGAAUUUGCCUGGAUGGAUUAGCCCAUUUAUUAUAAAGUUGACAGUUUUGAUUCUU